AUGUCGUUCGACCAGCUCUCAUCGCUCGAGUCUGGCUCGGGUCGCCGGGGGAAUUACACCGAUGAUCCCGAGUUCAAGCAGCUCCAGUCCGAGUUGAUGAACAAGCUCCACAGCCUCCGGCGCAAUAUUUCCAAGCUCAGCUCUGACAUUGAUCUCCUCGGCACGAAGCGUGACACCCCGCGCGUCAGGGAGCGGGUUCAUGAACUUCUCGAGAAGUCGAGGGAGUUGUGCAAGGACAUCGGACAGGGCGUGAAGAAGCUGCAGACCUGGGAGGAUCUUACAAAACAACAGAAGUACGACCAGUCCCGCGUCUCAACCGAUUUCCAAAACGCCCUCCAAGAGUUUCAAGAGGUCCAGCGCCGGGCUCUCGAGAAGGAGCGCGCCUCGGUCACGGCCGCCCGUGCCGCUCACGACGACAACGCCGACGGCUCCGGUGCGCCGCAGGAGGGGCAGCUUGAGCAGCAGCAGCAGCAGGAGCUUGUGCGCCUAGCGUCGCAAGACGAGGUCGACUUCCAGGAGGCGCUCAUCAUUGAGCGCGAGGACGAGAUUCGCAACAUCGAGCAGGGUGUCGGCGACCUCAACGUGCUGUUCCGCCAGGUAGCGCAGAUUGUCGGCGAGCAAGGCGAACAGCUGACAUCCAUCGAGGACAACAUCGUCAACGUUCGGGAUGACACACACGGGGCGCAGGUUGAGCUGGCGCAGGCUUCGAGGCAUCAGAAGGCGGCGAGGAACAAGGGCUGCUGUCUGAUGCUUAUUCUGUCAAUCAUCUUGCUUAUUGUACUACUUGCAAUUUUCUUGGAUUAG